AGGUACUUAACUUUGCGUGCAUUUGGUGACAGGUGGCCAGUGAUCCCCGAUGCUAGAACCAAAGAGGAUAAGGAUCUUGAUUCUCAGGUUUCAAAGGAGGACCUAGGUCAAGUCUUACAGCCCCAGCCUAAAUCGUACUUCAGAAGUGUCUCAGUUACCAAGAUAACUGGGCCAGAUGGGACGGUGGAGGAGCGUUGCACUGUCGUCGACAGUGAGGGCCACAAAGAAACCACAGUGACCCGCCGAGAAGCAGAUGACAGUUAUAGAGAUGAUUCGGGCACCCCACAGCCUCCAGACUUGGGGGACAGCUCCUCCAUCCUGAAUUCAUUCCUAGGACGAUGGUUCCGGUCUUGAUGGCCCAAGAUGACUCCAUGGAGGAUUCCAUCUCUCUCCUACAUAUUACCAUCUGGGGGGGUCCUAACAUCAUUAGGUGACUGAGCUACUCUUCCUGCCACAGUGGGGGGGAUUCCUGAGGAUGGUGGGGAAUGUGACAGGUAAAGGUAACAUCUACUCUUGCCCAUCCCCCCAAAAUAAAAUCUUUAUUUAUGCUAAAAAAAAAGGUACCUUUAUUGUGAAGAUUGAAUUGAAAUCCCCUAUUUUUAGAUUUUAAUCCCCAAAGUGUAAACCCAGUAUUUAAAAUAGAUCUACCUAUUUUAACCACAAAAGGUGUGAACUAACUACAAAAAAAGUGCAAAUUAACCACAAAGGGUGUGAACACCUAUUUCAUUGAGUAGGCAGUCCUGUAGAGGAGCCUCUGCUGUGAUUGGCAGACAUAAAAAUUUAGGGGAGGUGACACAAGAGAAAAAGAUCUCUAAAUAGAGGAAACAGAGGCACAAGGAGAGGAAUCAAGGAUCAUUUAGUCACUUGGAGUUGGAUUGGAAUAUAAGAGUCACUCGGGGGAGGAGAGACUGGAAGAAUCAGUCACUUGGAAUUGGAGAGAAGAGAGACACUUGAGGAGAGACUGGAAGACAGACACUCAGACUUGGAAUGAAGACACUUGGCUGUGGAACUGGACCCCUGGAGGAGCUCGUGUAGGAGAAUCCACAGCCAAGUGUCUGAGUGACUGAUUCAGGAGACUUCAGACUGCUUUCCUUUUAGAGGGCCACCAUGGUGGGUGAAAGGCUGACUUAUUUCCUUGCCUUUCUG